AGAGAGAGAGAGAGAGAGAGAGAGAGAGAACACAUCCCCGCCUUUCCCACCUCCCACCCAGCAUCCUCACCGUCAAACCCCGAACUCGAGUGGGAACACACACUAGCUUAAACAAGUCCACUUCGGCUGUCCUCCGGUGUCCAGAACCCCCUUCCUUCUCCUCAAAAUGUCCGUGGGCAGCGACUUUGGGAACCCUUUAAGAAAAUUCAAACUCGUCUUUCUGGGGGAGCAAAGUGUUGGAAAGACAUCUCUGAUCACACGGUUCAUGUAUGACAGCUUUGACAACACAUAUCAGGCCACAAUCGGAAUCGACUUCCUGUCGAAAACCAUGUACUUAGAAGAUCGAACGCUUUCCCUCUCUGAACCCCAGGUGCGGUUGCAGCUUUGGGACACAGCAGGACAAGAGCGCUUCAGGAGCCUCAUUCCCAGUUACAUCAGGGACUCCACUGUGGCCGUGGUGGUCUACGACAUUACAAAUGUUAACUCAUUCCAGCAGACAUCAAAAUGGAUCGACGACGUUCGAACAGAGCGAGGAAGUGAUGUCAUCAUCAUGCUUGUAGGCAACAAAACAGACCUAGCAGAUAAGAGGCAAAUCACAAUUGAGGAAGGAGAGCAGAGGGCUAAAGAACUGAGUGUGAUGUUCAUAGAGACCAGUGCCAAGACAGGUUACAAUGUCAAACAGCUGUUUCGGCGUGUGGCAGCUGCUCUUCCUGGGAUGGAAAGUAUGCAAGAAACAAGCAAAGAAGGCAUGAUUGACAUUAAGUUGGACAAACCGCAGGAGCCCCAGACCACCGAAGGAGGCUGCUCCUGUUAAUACCCAGCACCAUCUUGGACAACGUCAUUUACACCACAUGCUUGUUAUGUUGCUUUCUAUUGGUUAACCUGCAGUUGACUUUGCACGUUGGAAUCUGGCCUCCUCACCUGACUUUUGGUCGUGGUUGGAACUAGCAAUAUGUGAAUUUGGUUAUAAAGUAGUGUAGCCUACUUUGUUAAUGAAACUGCCAAAAAGUCUUAUAACAUGCAAAAAAAAAAAAAAAAAAAACAGAAAAAAACGGACAAAGAUGUGAAAAAGAUCCCCAAGUUGCAUAUGUGUAUACAAUUUUUUUAAGUAGAAAGGAAAGUUCCCCAUUUUGUUUUUGUAUUUUUGUAUAUUCAGGGAAUAUCUCUGGAAAGGUUGUUUUUUUAAAACGACAAAGCUCGGUGUUUGAAAGCUUGUAAGGAUGGUCUGAGACGUACUUGCAUGGAUCCCACUGUCGUUAUGGACAAAGACAGAUGAAGUAGCCCCUCAAAAACUCUACCAGUCCUUACCAUUAACCUUUACAGGGCCAUUUUCACCACACUAACAGUUUUACCUAAAGCAUAAACCUGGCCAGUCACAGCAGUCCUUCCCAUAAUCCUGGUGGGAUCCAUCGUUUUUGCAUUUUCCAGGACAAAACUGAACAGUAACAUCUUGAGUAUCUAAUGCAUGCCUAGUUUUUGAGCAUAGGUACUGUCUUAUCGGUGUACACGAGUUUGAAUAUGUAAAUGGUAAUAUUACACCAGUGACUUAAUGCACUCUGAUGAUGACUUGUCUAAGUCUUUUUUUUGGAUUUGUAUACUUGACUUUCUGUCGUGUGUGUAAAUGUGUGCUUUCUGUAUAAGCGAUGUUAGAAUGCAGUUCUUAGAGGGCCACUGCCAAGUCCAGUCAUUCGUGCCACAUUACAGACACACUUUUAGGUCCCCCCCCCACCCCUCCACCCCCUUGCCUUUUCCAUCUGUAUCACAUCUGCUGUUGCAUUGUGGGAUAUCUUGGUGGUUGUGAUAUAUCAGAGCCCUUGCCUUGUUUCACUGGGGUCAUUUCAGUCCCCUAGGAGGUGAACGGUAAACUGUCCAACACUGUAAUCAUUGACACUGCUGGUGUUUUCACCAAUCCUGACAGACUGAGACUAAUUUGCACAAGUCGACCUUUCAGGUUAAUAUGAAGUUGUAAUUGAAGCUUCGUUAUAAAUGUCACAUAUUUCAAAACCUGAUUGAUGAACAGAAAUGUCAUGUAAUGUGUCCCCACUGAGAAGAACUUUUGCUGCUUUUGUGUUUAAACUGACUACUGACUUGUAUUAUGCAAUGUGACUUAAUUUCCUUUUUUUGUUUGUUUGUUUGUUUUUUUAGAGCCAAGUAUCAUAACCAUGUACUGCUGGUUAAGUCAGCCACUGUUGAAGGUUCAAUAUGCAAGUUUCACAUGUGUUUGUGCCUGCACGAAGUUUGUGUUGAAGUCAAUUUUGUUGCGAGAACUGGUCAGUUUUUGAUGUAAGAUAACUCCGUUUAUAAUCUAAUAACUGCCUCUUUUGCCUACAUUACAGAUCACUUCUGUUAGGACCCAAAAAGUUGGGUGUUUCAAGAAUGAAGUCUUAAUAUUUCAAGAAAAAAAUGAGAAUGUUACUAGUGCACAGUGUUUGUAUUUUAAGAAAAAAAACUAUAACUAAACUAAUAUUUGGAAAAAACAGUCAUAAUUAUGUGAUUAUGAGUUUAUAAUAUAACAAGAAACAGAUAAUUAGUUGAGCAUUACAUUAUUUGAUGCUGAAUGAUUUUUUGAUUUCUAUUAAAAAUUCAUACAGAUAAAAAUACACAGUUAUUGAAAUAUUGUGACUAUUAUUUUAUUAUGACUGUCCCUGUUUUGUCGUAACAUAAUGACUUUAUUCUUGUAAUGUGUUAACUUUUUCUUGAAUUAUUACAACAUUAUUCUGAAUGUCACAUUUUCCAUUAGAGUGAACAAAUGAGCAGCGAACAGUUGAAGAUUAUAACACAAACACACACAAAUCUUCCAUAUUGAACCUUUAGGAAACACUACUUUGAUUUAUCUUUGAAUUGAAACCUUACUGCACUUUUUACAAACAUGUUUUAGAAUUAGAGUGAUGAUGUUAAGUCUUUAAAAAAAAAAAAAAAAAAGAACAAAUGUGUUAAAUAAUCUUUAUCUCUAGAAUGUUUGGAGAACUGUGUCCUAGAGUAGAG